AUGUCGCUGCUGGCGCUGUGGCGGGGGGGGGGGACAGAGCCGGGAACACCCCGGAGGGCGACGAGCAGCAGCGUGGCGGGAAGCAGCAGCAGCAGCAGCAGCAAAACCCCCGAAAUGGAUUCAAAAGAAAAGGAAAGAAUUGGAGAAGAAAAGAAAAAAGGAGGGAAAGCAGCAGCAGCAGCAGCAGCAGCAGCUUGGGGGGACGAAAACUCGCCGCUGAAGAGCCCCCUGAAAGCUUUAGCAGCAAAACAAAA